AUGGAUCUAACCAAGAGGGAAAAUGGCCAGCCCAAGGAGGGCUAUAACAACAUGGGCCGGCGUCGUCAGCAGCUCCAAGCCGAAAAUGAGUAUUAUCACCACCAGGCCCACAGACAGAAGGCCAGAACCUCCAGGCUGGAUGAACGUCUGAUGAACCAGAGCAGCCAGCCAAAACAGAGCCAAAGAAAUUUCUACCAGCAAGACCAGGUCUCCUCUCAAACGCAGGCUCCAGACAGGUCAUGGACCAAAGCGGGUAAAGGUAAGGACAAGGUCAAUGAGCAGCAAGUCCAGAGAGUCGACCAGCGCUCUGCUGAAACCCAGAGUGCCAUGAUGACACGAGACCACGGCAGGCGUUGCCAGAACGAGGUCCAAGAGCAGCUCAGCCUGAGAGACGCCGAAAUCUCAAGGCUCAGACGUCAAAAUGAGGAACUCUCUGUGAUGCUGCAACAAGCUAAAAACCUCCAGGGAGAAGACGAACAAAAAGAAAAGGAGGUACUGCAGAUUGAAAUCCAGGUGAUGGAGGACAAACAUCAAAAACUCCAGAAAGAUUACAGCAAACUGCAGGAGGACAAGAAAAAAGUCGAUGAAAAGGCAAAAGAACUGGAGGAGAAGAUUCAUGGGCUGCUGCUGAAGGAAAAGGAGCAAAUCUGCUCUAUGGAUGCAUGCAUCAAAAAGCUCCUUACAGAAAAGAACCGCUUCAUUGACCAGAGUAACCAGGACAACAUCCGAAUCAGGAGUCUGGAGGACGAGCUGCUGAAAAACAGCAGGUUCGCAUCAGAGAUCAACACCAACGUUGAGUCCUUGAAGGAGCAGCUCUCUGUGAAAGAGAGCGAACUCCAUAGAAUCAACGACAUCAACAAGGAUCUCUCUGCGACGCUCCUGACCACCGAGGAGAAGCUGGUGGAAGCAACUAAGGAACUCCAGACGAGAGAAACCGCCUGGAAAGCUGAGCGCAACACGGUCGAGCAGCUCAGGAAAGAUGUUGCCCUGAGAGAGCAGGAGAAGGAAGAAAUGCUGGAAAAGCAGAAAGAGACUGACGACAGCAACAAACUCCUGCAGGAGAAACUCAGAGAGUGUGAAGACAAGAACAAGGAGCUGCUCUCUGUGAAAGAGAGCGAACUCCUUAGAAUCACCGAUGUCAACAGCGAUCUCUCUGCAAAGCUCCUGUCCGCCGAGAAGAAGCUGGUAGAAGCAAAUACAGAACUCCAGACGAGAGAAACCGCCUGGAAAGCUGAGCGCAACACCGUCGAGCAGCUCAGGAAAGAUCUUGCACGGAGAGACCAGGAGAAGCAAGACUUCCUUAAAAAGCAGCAAGAGACUGACGACAGCAACAAACUCCUGCAGGACAAACUCAGAGAGUUUGAAGAAAAGAAUCAGGAGCUGCAGAAGCUGUCCACCGCUCAGACCUCCACGUAG